UCGAACGCUGUGAAUGAACAAUGGAAAUUCUCUCCCUCAGUUGCAUUCCGCUUAUCCAGAAUCCCAUAAUUUGAAACCUAAAUCGACGUUUUGCGGUUCAAAUUACCCAGAUCGAUGAGGUGCAUAUGGAAAUUUAAAUUCAAAUUGUGAAGUCAUUAAUGACCGUGCAAACCACUUGUUGAUAUUUGUGUGGAAAAACAUCGGGUAUUGAUUUUCCCGACAGGCAUGCCCAGUGCUCUCUACGUUCUGCCCUUAAAACAUGUCUCACGUUUUCCAUCGAAUAUUGUAGUGAUUACCAAUGAGAAAUGGAGGAUUUACUUUUGAAUAUUGUGAAAGAAUCAACGGGAUCUAAGUUGUCUAAUAUUAAAACAAGCGCUCAAGAAGCUCACGAUUUGCUCGCCUCCCAAAACAAUAUUUUGAGAACGCCGUCUCAUGAAUUGAGGACAGUAUGUUUUCUACCACUAAAAUUGUCUCUCGAAAGCAAAAAGAGUAAAUUGGUUUCAUUUGCUUUAACUGGAUUCAAUAAAUUAAUAAGAGAUGAGAGAUUUCAAGCAGGUAUCGAACCGGAAGAUGAUUCUUUAUGGCUGCCAGCACAACUGUUAUCAGCUACAGCAUCCAUGCUCACCCACUGCGAAGAUACCCAAGUCCAUAUCUUGCGAGUUAUGCUCAAUAUGGCCUGCUCUGCCAGUUGGGCUUUGAAUGGCCGUUUAGUGAUGCUGUUGAUAAAUCGUUGUGGUGACGCUUAUGAGACUGGUACACAGCCAGUUAGGGCUGCGGCACAAGCAGCAGCCAGCCAGACACUAAUGGCUUUCUGCUCAUUUCUCGAUGAAGAAUGCCAAGAAAUCUUACAACAACAACAAAAGCACAAAAACUCCGGCAGCAGCGCUGAGAUGGUCUACACCAAAACUUCUGCUGUAGCAUGUUUUAACGAAGCUAUUCCAGUGAUGCAGUACAUCUGCAGCCGUCUGGAAGAGAUGAGAUUGAUUCCGAAGACGAAUGAACUCACAGUGUUCCUUCUCGAGUGUCUUCUCACUUUGGUGAAUACAUUACCGCACACAGUACAUUCCAACGUUCAUUUUUCGACGUUCCUAUGGCAGAGGUUUUGCCCAGCACUGUUGUCAUUCCUCGGGGCACCUGGAGACCCCUCUGGACAAUAUUUAACUACCAACCAGUCGAAGAUAGUCUACAGUAUUGGUAUUCAAGUAGUGAGACUCGUUGGAAGAGAAAGAGCCUUGAGACCUGUACUGGAGGCGCUUUUCCACCGCAUGCUUCUCCUACCAAGUCCUCUGAAACGUCUGGAGCCUCUCAAAGCUGCUAGGGAGUUACUUAGAUCACCAGGAAGACUCGCAGAUCUCCUUUUAUUAAGCGGACCAAUACAUCGACAUGCUGGUGAUGAUAUGGCAAUCAUAAGACUGAUCAUGGACUCAAUAGAAGAAUCUUCACAAUGUGAUGAUCCAAAUGUCCUAUUAGCUAGCGUAGAAUGCGUAGAUGCUUUAUUAGGAUCAUUAGAAGCACUUUGUACAGGCGAGGGACUCGAUCAAGAGGGCAGUGAGAUAGCUAACUCCCGCUAUAUAACCUUGGAACAAGCUGAUUACACAGGUCCUCUUACUUACCAAUCUUUGGCAAGACUACCCAAACCAUACAGGGAUGUAGUCGCUAAUUUGAAAUAUCAAAGCGACGAUGAUAGUAGCGGAAUUGAGGGAAAUAUUCCUGACGUUCCAGGCACAGAAUCAGACUGCUCAGGUUCAACAGAGGGUCCAGAAGAAUACGGUAGCCAAUCGGAGGACAGCAUAAUGGAUGACGAGAGUUUUUUGACAAACCAACAGCUGCAGAAACUGCACAAACUACCCAAAUCACUUAACUUGGGAAGAAGUGUUGUAGAGGAUUGUAACAGGGAUGUAGAAAGGCAGAACGCCAGGCAAUUCAUGAGAACACUUCAGAAUGUAUUGUUGCCGAAAUUGUUGUCGCUUAGAUCUUCCAUACAGAUCGACGAAGUUCUGCAAGAGUUUGCAUCUAAGUGUUGCCAACUGAACUCUGCGCAAAACUGCGAGGUAACAACGAUCAUGAAUGCUGAUGGUAUAUACUUAGCGACCUAUUCCGCCCUGCUCUUGGAUUUGAAACUGAUACAAAGCAAGCAUUUCGAAGAGAAUACAAAGGAUGUUGCUGUCCCAAUCACUGAAUCCCAAUUCGUCGAAGAAAUACACGGUAGUGGGGUACUUGUCUAUGUAUCGGCAACUUGGCUUUGUGAGCUUUACCAGAAUGUUCUAGCAAAGUCUUUGCUACUUAACGCCGGAUACAACCCAAGCAUCAAUCCACAGCCAGCUAUCGUUAACUUACUGACAGAUGUUGGUGGUUUGGGUUCAUCGCAAUUUUUGACGGAUUGGCAAAAGCUGCAAAAAAUUCAGGGCACGCCAGAGACAAGUCCAGAAAUAGAAGCCGGAGUGAAGCUAUCCAGGAGAGUCCUGACAUGCUGUUGGAGUUCCGUGGUAUCUGUGUUGGGUUCGCCAUUAGUCGAAAAACCACACGUAAAUGGGGCAUCUGCACUGAGUAGAUUAGUGGCCAGGAGAGCCAGACAAAAAAAUCGUCAGAGGGUAACCGACGAUAUAAUCACAGCUAGUCUCGAAGGUCUCCAGAAGGCGGCCAAUCUGAGUAACACGUUGAAACUGCAGUCCAGAAGUAGCAGCAUACUAGCACAUUUAGCUGCCACAUCUUGUAAAACACAGGGGGCCAAAUUAUUGGCUUCACACGCUCUCUCGUUAGACGUGUUGGUUUCCAAAGGUUUACCCCUGGGAUCCCACAGUUCGGCGUGUUGGCCGCACAUAUUCAACGCAUGCGUGGCCGUAGCGAGCUUAGAACAUGCCCUAUUCAGUAAAACGGGCUCUACACAAUUGCUGAUGGUUGCUCAAAACACCCAAAACAAUAUCGUAACAUCGACAACGUGUUCCAACGUUUCUGAUCGGUUGAAUAUGAGCUUCAACUCAAACGUCAACGAAGACGAGAUGUGCAUAGAUGUCUACAGCUUCCUACAGAACAACUCCUACACCGGAAGCAACGGUCACAAACAUAAUUCAACUUCUAUCCCCGAAAUAAUUGAAAGAAGUGGUGUCCUUAAUGGACCUAACCAAGGGACUCUGCGAGGAGUUCAAGCUGCCAAAGUGUGCUGCGUUUUAUCACAAAAAUGUGACGAAUUAUUCCACUCCGCGGCAUUCAGAUUGUCCCUUCCUGGUCUCUGUAGUUUCUUAACUGAGCUCUGUAAAGCUUCUCACGCUCAACUAUUUACUCAUUCCGAGGAAUCCCUCCAGAAAACCAACAAAUGGUGGAAGAAAGAGCUGGAGAUUCAAAAGAAACCACCCGCUAUCCUACUUUUACACAGAGUUGGUGAAGUAACGUUAAAAUGUAUAAGAUCUGGGAGGCCUCUGAUACAUCUGAUGAAGGUAUGGACAAUAGUAGGUCCUCAUUUCAUGCAAGCCGCGUGUCACAAAGACAGGGCCGUAUCGAAAAAAGCGGUGACUUGUAUUCACGACGCUGUUACGGCUCUGUUCAACGAACAGUCUGAGCUGCCUCAUUUCCAUUUCAACGAGGCCCUUAUCAAGCCCUUCGAGAAUCUCUUGUGUUUGGAGCUGUGUGAUCCAGACGUACAGGACCAAAUAGUUUCUUGUCUCUGUGAAUUCGUAGAAGCUAAUAGAACUGAAAUUUGUUCUGGUUGGAGGACACUGUUUGGUACUUUACGUGUUGCCAACGCGAAAAACAAUGCGGUGGCUAUACUGGAAGUUUUUCGUAUUUUCCUAUCCACCGACAACACUUUGGUGUUUGCUAAUGCUGCGUUGGACUACAUCCUAUGUCUGUUAGCUCAUAUAAAGUCCAGUACACCGCCCGAAGAUCAAACGGCGUCAGAACCUCUGAUCAAGAUCUCCACGGAAAAACAGAAUAUCAUGUUGAUGGACAAAGGAUUGGAUUAUUCACCGAAAGCUGGUCCGAUUGAUUUGUGUGUGGAAUCUUUGAAACUCCUCCAAAACUGUGUAUCUAUUCUAUCGAUGAUGUAUAACAUGCCCAAAUGCCCAACAUUCAACCUAACCCAUAGAAUGACCAUCGAUACAGAACCUCAGCUAGUGGAUAGAAUAAUGCAGAAUAUGGAAUAUAUGAACAUACUACAAGACGAUGAAUUAUCAAUAAACGUACCUCAUGAAACACUAUCGACAUUGAACGAAAUGAAACUUUGCGAAGAAAAUCGAAUAACCCUUUCCAAAAUGGACAGACCAAGCGGAGUCCUCAAGAUUUGGUAUGUUCUCUUAGAAGGCUUAUCGACAGCUGCUACAACUUGCUCGAACAAAAAUCAAGCACUUAUAGUGGAUACUUUAUUCACCCUCCUCAAGAAUUUGAUAAUAAAUCCGGGGAUAAACUUUGGAUUUUACUGUAUCAAUCAUCUUCUCCUACCGAUGGUUCAAAAUUGGUUACGUCAAAUAGCGAAAAUGUCAGAUAAAACUGGAGAAGCCUGGAUGAACUUCAAACAUUGCUGUGGUUUAGCCACUGAACUCGUGGUGGACUACAUGCACCACUCUAUAGAAUAUCGCGAAAAAGAGAUGAUUGAAAAAUCCAAACAAGACCAAAUCAACAAUAAUCCAGCAGCGAACUUGGCAUUCAAGCAACUGCUGAUAGUGCUUGUGGAAAUUGGAGAUCAACCUUAUGAGAAUUUCGCUAGGCUGGGCACAUCCUGCUUGCGUCAUAUCAUUCUGAGUGCUGGUAAGAUCCUAACCGCUUACCAAUGGGAAAUAUUCGUUGUUUACAUUCACAGGGCAUGUGCGAUCAGUUUAUACCCCUUACAACAACUGAUCAGCGCCUUCAAAGAAAACUCCGACAGUUUCUACGGUGAUCUUUCAGUGGUAAAAGUUGCCGCAAGAAAAGAUUCAACUGUUGAAGAGAACAAGAGAAUUUAUGAGCUCGCAAGGCAGAUAUUCCUUAUGCAAUCUCAAAGACCAACAUGCAACAAGUGCAUUGGUAAACUCUGCGACUGUGAUAUUCCAAACGGUAUAGUGAUAGAUUCGAGGAGUUAUGUCUUCUUAUUGUAUUCCCUUGAUCCAACUGCCAUCUUGAACUCAGAUCUGUAUGCGACAAGGGUACCUUUCCGAAGGCUGGUAGUGGGGAUACUAGCACAUGAAAUGUUGAUUCAAACUAUUUCCAGCGCUUUGUUACAGAACUUGAAUCAUAUAACACCAAUUCUGAACAUUCUUCAGAUCAACACCUGCAGCCUGAGAGGUAUUCUUACGAACGUUAACGCAAAACACGUGGAUAUCAUGUUGAAAUGUCUCGAAAUCUCCAAUGUUAGAGCCAAACAAUUCGAUCAAAGGCCUGGCCUGAAGUUCUUGACUCAGAAGGUUGGGAACUUGAACAAAGCAGCCAAUUUAUACAACCAAGCCAAUACGUCAGAAGUUGUACAGAUUAUAGUAUUGAUUGAGUUAUGUCUUGAUGGAAUUCAAAAGUAUAACAUCAACCCUAAGGACCUCAAAGGUAUAUUGGCUCAGGAUAGAAAAAUAAAUCCUUCAACGGAUUUGGAAUACGUCCAGCAAUUCUUAGUGAAACUUCAGAGUAAAUGGGAAGCUUUAUGCGAGUCGUACGUUAAGUUGACUGAAGAUUUUGGAAGGAAAAUCGAGGAUGAAAAGGAGAACUGUGAUGAGAAAGAGAAUACCCCCAAAGAGAUUACAUAUAAAUCUAAACCGCUCAAAUUGGAGGACUUCAAAAAGGACGAUGAUUAUUUAAGUACAGAUUCCGAAAGCUAUUUGGAAAGGGAAGUUCUAACGAACGAUUAUAUAGAAGACGACUCUGUGUUUGAAAUUCAAGUAAACCGUUCAAACUCGCCAGAUAUCAAGCAGAAACAAAGUGAAACAUGUACUUCAACAGACGACGAGACCAAUGAACUGGCAGCUAAGUACACGAAGCAAGUCUAUGAGAAGUAUAAAGUAGAACUUAAUUCAAUCAAAUACGAUACCAAUACUAUUUUACAAAUGAGGAAAUCUGCCAUGUCAAACGACAAUAUAAUUGCUGGUAUCUAUCCCAAAACGGACGAAAGAUCUAAAUCAGAAGGUUUCGAUAUAUGUUCACCAAACGAGAGCAAAUUAGAAGAAGAAUGUCGAAUGAAAAAUAACACGAUUACUUCUAGGGUGAACCCAUUUUCAGUAUCGACAUAUGUACCGCCACCCCAACCUAUAUUACCAGAAAUUCAGCACCAAAGAUCUGUCAGCAUUUUCAAGGAUGCAGAAGAUUACAAAACGGCAAGAAUAGAAACGAUGGAAGCCUGUUUGGAACUUCUAGGCAGUCUGUCUUCUGACAGGUUAGGGCCAUUAGCCUCAGUUCUCAAGGAUGGGGCUAUAAUGCUAGUGAGGUCUCAAGAUGACAAGAUCAAAUUGUCGGCAGAAAAUUUGUUACAGAGAAUGAAUAUUUCUUAUAUUGACUACGAUAAUUUUUAAAUAAGCAUGUACCAUAAUUUUCCCUCUUUGUUAAAUACAUGGAUGUUAUCAAAUCAAAUUAUUCAAACGCUUAAAAUCAAAUUUAAUAAUGGAACACAAAGCUAAAAUUCAACAAAUAUCUAAUCCCGUAUUAUCUUGAAAUUUUGAUGUUCAUUCAGGAUGAAACUUAGUACAUUCACUUCUUUAGUAUUUAUUUUCCAAAGUAAACAAAACAUAAAUGUGAAUUUGUGAAGAUUUUUGGAGAAAGUGUAUUCAUUCUUGAGUUAGCUCUGUCGAUAUAGUUUAUAUUUUUGUAUGGCAAGUAAUUUCUUGAAAUGAGUUUAAUGAAACUAUACCUAGGAAAAACCAGAGGGUUUGUUUUAUUUAUGUUAUCAACUGAUCCUCAAUAAAUAUCUCGAUUCAUAAA